AUGUCCAGGGCGGCAGAGUGGGUGAAAGAUGAGCAAGCGACCAUGUGUGCUCUAUGCUUUCGACGUUUCACUCAUAUUCGACGGAAACAUCAUUGCAGAGCUUGCGGGAAAAUAUUCUGUGGUACCUGCUCGAACUACAGAGCCGUCGUUGAGAACCUUGGACCAGAGCAGGUUCGAGUUUGUGAAGUGGAUUAUUACCGCCUGAAUCCCAACAUCAAACCACAAACCGCCGCGGCUCUAGAACGAAUCGCUCAGUUUUCGCAACCGGGUCAAAAGUACGCACCCUACCACUGCAGCUACUUAAUGUCUACCUCGAAGAUUCGAAACCAAUGGCCUCAUAAGAAAACUCACACACGAGUUGAGUACACCGCGGGAGUGGUUGCCCGAGAACGCUGUCCUUCUCAGCCCUCACUCCUCAACUCAUCUUCAGCUACCAGCACUUCUAGCAAUUCAGAUUCUUUGAUUGCUCAAAACCUAACCUCGCCUUUCCUCUCGCGUCCUAGUCGGAAAAUGAGCCUGGAAUUUGCCAAUCUCCUCCAAUCUUCCCUCAGUAUGGUCACUGACAAUAGUAGUGGGCCUGCCUGCUCUACUACAGUUAUGCCACUUCCUGCUGCCAGACUAAUUAUACGACCGCAUACAUCGAGAGUAUUCUGUGUUCUUCAACCUGAUACCCUUCUUGCAAUGUAUGCGGCCAAGGACGAUGCUAAGAGCUGUGAUAGUGUAAUCCUCCUUGGAACUAGACUUUUGUAUCUAGUUCGAUUAAGUAGACGAGAUAACGACUUCAUGUCGUCGAAGAGGCGCUCAGUAUCGAGUUUGAGAACUUACAGUUCCAGUAAUCUUGAUACGAAUUCUCUUCCAAGCACUUCAAAUGAGAAUUCACCACGGAGAUCAGUUCCGGAUCAUAAAACGUCAAUUGAAAAUAGUCCAAUAGAAUUCCACAAGCGUGCAAGUGCUAUAAAGACUUCAUUAGCCAUGAUUUCACCUACCGUGGCUUUAAGAAGAGCGGAAGAAAGGGAAAAUGAUUUGAACAAAUCGGAUGUUGAUUCCAAUCGUGAUUCCUUAAAAAAAUUCGAAGAUUCCUCUAAUUCUUCGUCAACUGCUCCCUUAACACCGAAUGGAAACCUCGAGACUCAUGCAAAUGCACUUCCAGUUAAAAUGGGAAAAGCGUUGUCGUCCAUUUCAGUGGAUACUCUCUCUAUUCUCUCCAACAUGAAUGGAUUCCUCAUUCUACCAAACAAUACCGACAAAGUGGCACACUAUUUUGAAGCUCCAAGUGAAGAAAUUCGAAAUAUGUGA